AUGUUCACUCGAUUCAUGGAUCUCGCUCCAGAAUUGCGCCUCGAGAUUUGGCAGCAUGCAAUUCCAAAAGUCGACCUACCAGGUUUAGCCAUCUAUAAAAAGGGCUGCUGGCAACCGCGGUUCUUAACACCAUCCGAUUGGGACUAUGAGGAAGUGGAUCCAGACAAUAUUCGCUUUGAGUUUCGCUACGACUUUCUCCCCGUGGCUUUCAACGUACCCCUUGCUUUUGUCAAUCACGAAGCGCGUGGUGUAGUUCUAUCUUGGGCCCAGAAAAGUGGAUUUGAAAUCCAGCGCAAUGAAAGUCAAGAGUACCUCCAGCGCCAGAUGAACUGCGAUGUUGAUGCUCUUUACCUCCCAAUGGAUAGAAUCGAAGAGUUCGAAGUUGAACCAUUGGAUCGCCAGUUUGAAGAGGAUAUGGUGCAUCGUACGGUUGGCGUGGUUCCGUACAUACGUCAUUUUGCGAUUUCAGAAGAGCUUUUCUACAGUGAAGAGCCUAUCCCAGAAUCAUGGGCAUGGUUCAACAAUAUCGAGACUAUAUAUGUGGUCGUUGGUCAACAGCCUGACGAGCAUGGGCACUGGGAGAUUGUGGACCGCGGGGAAAAGCCUAUCACCUGGGACGUUGAACGCGGGUUUGAAUUGGGAGAUGGAGGAACUGUAUUGAACGACGAUUUAUGUCAGCGGAUCAUGGCGGACAUUAAUGAACUAGGGGAGUGUCUCGAGUCUAACCACGGUCAGGGCUGGCCUUUGGUAAUCCGAUUGGUCACAGUGGAAAAGAAGUAA